ACGCUAAGCACGGACAGCUCAUCCCAGGCAUUUGGGGACCGUCCUCAUUCCCACUUGCCCCUUCCCUGCACUCCUCCCACCGCAGCACCGGGACCAGGUCGCUCCAGGCUCCUGUCCCAGCGGUGUCCCCCGCCUCCCUGCGCCUCCAUCUUCCGUGCAGGGGAAGGAAAUUAAUAAAUCCCGCCCUGUAAGCGGCGGGCCAAGCUUUGCCUCCUCCCUGCCAGAGCACUCGGAAAAGAGGCAAGAUGGCCGAUUCGGACACCUACCUGCGGCAGCCCUGGCGCACCGUGCAUGGCAUCCCCAUGGUCAACGCCUUCGCCCUCAACUGGGAACGUGUUGACAGUUUCCAGACCCGCCCUGAGGACAUUGUGGUGGUCACCUACCCCAAAUCUGGCACCACCUGGGUCAGUGAGAUCGUGGACAUGGUCCUGAAAGGUGGAGACCCAGAAAAAUGCAAGCAGGAUGAUAUUGUGAACCGGGUGCCCAUGAUGGAGUGUGCUGCCCCUGGGAAGUUACCAGCAGGCACAGAGCAGCUGGAGGCCAUGCCAUCCCCUCGCAUCAUCAAGACCCACAUCCCAGCUCACAUCUUGCCCAAAUCCUUCUGGGAAAACCGCUGCAAGAUGAUCUAUGUGGGGCGCAACGCCAAGGACGUGGCUGUCUCCUACUACCACUUUGAUUUGAUGAACAAGUUCCAUCCACACCCUGGGACAUGGGCCCAGUAUCUGGAAGAGUUCAUGGCUGGCAGAGUGGCGUAUGGUCCCUGGUACGACCACGUCAAGGGCUACUGGGAGCGCAGGAAGGAUCACCCCAUUCUCUACCUCUUCUACGAGGACUUGAAGGAGGACCUCCGCCGGGAGAUUGCCAAGGUGGCCCAGUUCCUGGGGCAGAAGCUGUCGGAAGCGGCGCUGGACACCAUCACCCGACACACGUCCUUUGAGGCCAUGCGGGACAACCCUGCCACCAACUACACCAAGGUGCCCUCCGACCUCAUGGACCACAGUGUGUCGCCCUUCAUGCGCAAAGGCACCACCGGAGACUGGAAGAACCACUUCACCGUGGCCCAGAACGAGCGCUUUGACCAGGACUAUGCGCAGAAGAUGUCAGGCACCGACCUGUGCUUCCGCACUCAGAUCUGAGGGGACACCGCCGGACGCCCCCCAAAUCUGCCCUGUGCUGUGAUGGCACUGCUGCCAUUCCUUCCUCUUCCCUGGAGCUGCUGGAGAGAAAUAAAAUGCGCUCUCUGACACUGC